AUGGGCAUGCAGCAUGGGCAGAUACCGAAUCAAGGAGGCUACAACCCGUACAUGGCCGCUGGGAUGGGGCAGGGGAUGAUGGGUCAGCCAGGGUUCCCGCAAGCUCCGUCCGGUGCCCCAUCUAUGGUCAGCGCCCAGUCUCAGCAGAUGCCGAUGGGGAGUAUGAGCGGAGGAGCCGACCUCAAGGCGUUUGACGCGGGAAAGAUGAAGGCUGGCAGGCUGGGGCAUUACGGCUACCUCGAGGGCAGAGAGCUCGCGGGUCCACCCCCAGGCUACCUCCCCGCGGGUGUCAAGCCUGAUCAACUUCCCCAGUCCUCUCAGGCCUCCGCACCUCCACAGAGUCUCGGCGCUGGCGCAUACCAGCAGUCCCACGCUGCUUCGCAGUAUGCCCCGACGCAGUACCAGCAGUCGCAAGCUCCGACGCAAUACCACCGAUCCCCGACUCGGCAGAAGCAGCAGCAAUCGCCGACCCGACGCUCGCAUGCCCAGCCGCACUCGCACUCGCCCAAUCCACCCCGGUCACCCGGGAGCGUCGCGGGCAGCCAGGCGCUGAGUCUCAGCCAAAGUGCGUGGGGGAAUCCGAACGACAUGCCUCGGGCGAGAUACGAUGGCGCGAGCAACGCAGGACGGAUGAUCCAGGCCGAUAUGGACACGCCGUACCCUCGCCUCAAGUCCGGCGGGAUGUCGUCCGGUGCGACCCGAUACGACGGCCGUCAGGAGCCCAUCAAUGGGAAUGGCUACCGUGACGCGUUUGGGUACAUGGAGGGAGGGCAGGCGUCCGCGAUUGAUGGGAGGUUGGGUAGGGGCCAUAGGAGGAUGCGGGAGGGUAGAGUCUGA